UGACCCUUUACAAACAGGAAGAGGAAGCAUCUCUACACUUUAAUCACUUGUCAUGUCACAAUAGCCCACUUUUUAACUUUCAUUUUACAGUUUAAGGAUAUCUUCGCCUUUAAAACAUGUUUGCUGGAGACGACGAGGAUGGAGAUUUCUUAUCGCCCUCCGGAGGGGCCAAGCUGGCGUCACUGUUUGGACUAGACCAUGAAACCAGCCAGGGCAACGAAUCCUUCCAAUACACCGCCCCCAAGCAGCCACGCAAGACCUCUAUUCCAGCACCACCCUCUCAGAAAUCAGCGUCAACACCUGGAGCUCCUGCAGUGUUAUUUGCCACACCAGUACAAGCAUUCAGAUAUAUUAAUGGCCAAUACGUAAACCAGGGCAAGCUCGGUGCAGCGGUACUGGGGACCCACACAACAAAAGAGUACAAGCUCCUUCUGUAUCUGAGCCAACAGAAGCAAGUGACUGCUGCCAAGAUCCAUACAGGCUUUGUGUUCACGGUUCAGCCCAAUAAUUACUGCACUUUUUAUGACGACCAGCGACAAAACUGGUCUUUAAUGUUUGAGUCUGACAAGGCUUCUUCUGAUUUCUGUAAAGAGGUAUGUCUGGCCAAAGUGAACACCACCUCCUCUCUGGACUCUGUGGUGUCCCAGGACCUGUGCUUGGGAGAGGGGCAGGCCGUGGAGACGGGGGACUCUCUGGAGGUGGUCUACACAGGCUGGCUCCUGCAAAACCAUGCCAUCGGACAGAUGUUUGACACAAACCAAAACAAAGAUAAAUUGCUUCGACUAAAACUUGGUGCUGGUAAAGUUAUUAAGGGCUGGGAGGAGGGGAUGCAGGGGAUGAAAAAGUCUGGUCGUCGUCUCAUCAUUAUCCCUCCCAACCUCGCCUAUGGAUCCAAGGGUGUCCCCAACAGAGUCCCCGCCAACAGCACUCUCAUAUUUGAGGCAGAAAUCAGAAGGGUCAAGUUUUCGAAGGACAGUGGCUCAGACCGGGGCAGUAGUAAGGACUCAGCUGCCCCCUCUCCUGCUCCUUCUCCAGCCCCCAGUGUGGAGAGUCUGGCCCCAGAGCCUUCCACACAACCUCAGCCAACCCCCACAGGACCAGGAAGACCAAUGGAGCCACCAUUACGAGCAAAGUCAAACUCUCUCAGUGAACAACUUGCGCACCCAGAUGCCACUAAAGCCAAGUUAAUAUCUCGUAUGGCAAAGAUGGGUCAGCCAAUGCUGCCCUUUAUAACUGGAGUAACAAGCCAACCUGAAUCCAGUGACUCUGAACUUGAGGACACCAGUGGUUCAAGGCUGAAGGAGAGGCCAGCUGUCCCUUCUCCGGUUCAGAUGACCACAGCUGCUUCAGGGUCAGGCCUUCACACGGUCCAUCCCCACCCCCACUCCACCCCUGCUCCUUCUGCCCUCCUUCCAGUGAGCUCUGUGCCCUCCCAUACUCACCCUGGGACUGUCCACGCCUUCCAGCCAUACCCCUACACCCAGACCUCCACACCUGCCUCUCAACUGCAGCCUGUGGGCCCAGUCUACCCUCCGCAGACUGUCUCAUACAUGGGCUCUGGUGAUGUUACGUCUUUCCUGAUGACUGAGGCACGCCAGCACAACACAGAGAUCCGGUUAGCUGUUUCAAAAGUGGGAGACAAAGUGGAGCAACUGUCCACAAAGAUUGAUGAGCUGCAAAGACAGGGAAACCCCAUGAUGACAAUACCGUCUAUGUCAAUGGAAACCUCGAUGAUCAUGCAGAGUAUCCAGAGAAUUGUCCAGGAGAAUGAAUGUCUAAAGAAGGAAGUUUUUGACAAAAGUUCUCGAAUUGAAGAGCAGAAUCACAAAAUUGGUGAACUCAUCAACCAAAACCAGAGAUACAUGGAACAGAGCCACCUGCUGCUGGAACAGAGGAAUGACUCGCUCAAAUCCACCAGUGAACACAACACACAAAAACUGCUGCAGGCCGAGCAGGAGAAGGUUCGACUCACUGAGGAUUUGGCUGCGUCCACGGCCCGUUUGGCUCAGCUACAGUUGGAGGUAUCAGCCCAUCAGCAGAAGUCUAUGGAGCUUCAAACUAAACUGAACUCAGCACUGCAAGAAAAUGAAAACCAUGGACAACAGGUCACAACGCUGAGGAGUCAAGUGGAAGAGCUGAAGGAGGAGGCAGAGAGAUACCAAGCCCAGUAUCGCUCGGAGAAACAGAAGCGCAAAGAACUGGAGCUAAGAUUGAACAACAUAGAGGAGGAGAUGCAGGAUCUGAAGACUGACAAAGACAGUCUGGAGAGAACUCUCUUGGAGCGUAAGAAGAAGUGGCAGGCCGAGCGUCAGCACAGAGACGAGGAGCUGGAGGAGCUGCGCAGGAGCAAUCUGCAGGAAAUGGAAAACCUGCGCAGUCAACUCCGCAAGGCCCGAACCAGCAACGACAAUGCUGCUUCUGAACAGUUGUCCCAGCUGCAGGCGGAGCUGGAGGAGGAGUGGAGAGGAAAGUGUGACCAGGCAGUGACAGUGGCCAAACAGCAGCACAGCAGAGAGCUCAGUGAAGUGGCAGAGCAGAGGGAUGCCCUGCAGGACCAGCUCAAACAACUACAGGACAAGUUUGCACUUCUAAAACAAUCCAAAGAGGCAGAAAACCAGACUUUACUCCAACAUCAGGGUCAAGCUGAGGAACUGCAUGCUCUUCAAGAAAAAUACACAGCGUUGGAAAGACGGGCAGCGGCAGCUCAGGAAAAGUUUCAGCGAAGAGUGAUUGAACUAGAGAGUCAAUUAGAAGAGAAGGGGAGUUCAAGUGAUACUGCUACAGAGGUGAAGCGUGUGAUGAAUGGUGUUUUCCAUUCACUUCGAGGAGAGUUUGACCUGAAUGAGUCGUACAGUGGACAGGCCAUACUGGGUGUGAUUGUGUCAACCAUUAAAAAUGUAACACUGCAGCUGCUCAGUGGUUCAGUGGAGAGGCCUUCAGUGACCUCCGGGAAAAAAGAUGAGGACAAAGAGUCAGAAGAAACAACAGCUGAAGGAACGACCCAAGAAAGUGAAGAAAGUAUUCACGUGAACGGAGAGAGAGAAGUCAGUGAAGUGGAUGACCAAAUGGAUGAGGAAGUGAAAGAGCAAGUGAUACAUGUGGGAGAGACAGAGGAAGUUGAUAAAACUGAAUUAGUUAAAGACAAUGAGGUUCAGAAAGUUGAGAAAGUUCUACCAGAAGAGAAGAUGUCGGAAAUUGAAAGCUCUAGAGACGUGCAUUCAGAAGAAGGUACAGACAAUCUAAAAACUACAACUAUGGAGUCUACAGCAGCUGAGAAGGAGGAAGAAAAAGACAUAAAGCCAGAAGAAGAAAAAAUGUCUCCAUCAGUUCAAACCAUAGUGACAGAAGAAAACAUAGCUAAACCAUUGGAGAGUGAAAGCAAAAAUGAUCAGAGUUUACCAAAUGAAGUUUCAGUUGAGGUGGUGGCAAAUGAAAAUGCAGAAGUCAAGACUGAUGUGGAGAUGGAGAAAGAGGAAGUGCAAGUUUCAAGCUCCCCUAAAUCUUUUGGACCACCGACCAACCCCCCUCCUCCUCCUAACCCACAACAAGACGGCCCACCAGAAGUUACAAGUCCGACUGGGAGAAUGGAGGAGGAAAAUGGAGAGGAGCCAUUUUUCGAUGUCCCUGUAAAACCCCCAGAGCCAGCCCACGAGGAAGAGGAGGAGGAAGAACUGAGCUUGAAGGGGCGCCCUCCUCCAGCCCCACUGUUUGGCGAGGAUGACGAUGAUGAUGAUUUAGACUGGCUGAACUGAGACAACACUUCAACAGAAAACCAAUAGAAAACUAUUUAGGACAUGGAAUAUUGCUGUUUCUGAAGAAGAUCUCCUGUUCAUGAACUUUUUACUUGAAGUCGGACAACGGGGUGACAACUGCUGCCUUAACUGCAUAAGAGAACAAUUCAAAACUAAUUCUGUAAAGAGAUAGUUCAGUAUUUUUUAAUUAACAUGUCAUAAAAAUACAGUUUGAAUGAUUUUCUAGAUGUAGCAUGUUCAAUCUGGCUUGAAAUUAUAAUAGGCUCUAUUCAUGCUUACCGGAAGACGAUUGGAAACCUGUGGAAGAUGAAUUUCGGUGUAGUUACUGGCACUGUGUAUGUGAUAAAACCGUGGAUUCAUCAGCAGCGCUCUUCACAACCUGCCAAAACUUUCCAUUGGGGACUUGACUCUAAUCACUUUUUCGAUGUUACUUACAGGCAGCUGAUUGAUCUGUGAACAUAAUGGGACACUACAAUCACCUUUUUUUUUUUUUUUUUAUUAAGUUCAACAAAUUAUAAUACACAAAUUAAUAGGCAAUUUAUAUAUAGAAAAAGAAAGAAUACAAGGAAGAAAACCAGGCAAUUUUCUCAGUUUUCCCAGAUUUUGUCAGUUAUUAUCGCCAACAGAGCCCAAAGGAAGUAGUCAUCCGCAUGUUUCCAAAUGUCUUCUGGUUUUGUGAUGCAAGCGUAAAUAGAGCCCAUGUGGAUUUCAAAUUUUGCAGUCUACCACACAAAUGAAUCCGUAAGUGCCUCACUCUAUUGCAUUUCAAAAAUACUGAACUAUCCCUAUAAAUAACAAGCAUUGACACACGGAUGUAAACUAAAUGGUUUUAGAUAAUUCUGUGAUUUCUGAUAGUGUCUUAAACUUUGUACAUGCCACAGUAGCAGACUAGUUUCUUUAAUUAGCAAACUUCGAGCAAACGUUCCAAUCUAUACAAUGUCUUUUAUUUGUAAUCUUGCUGCUUUAAAAUGCCCUUUUACACAGAUUUGCUAUUAUGACAUUAAUUAUUGCAAAUAAAUGACAGAAAAUAUU